AUGAGUGUCUACAAGGAGCUUUGGCACCGCAAUCUUGUAAAGCUAUCAACUGCUUGCUCAAGUGUUGAUUUUCAAGGAAAUGAAUUCAAAGCUCUGGUCUAUGAGUUCAUGCCUAAGGGGAGUUUGGAGAGUUGGUUGCAUCCAUUUCCAAAUGCACUUGGUAAUGGUGUGGAAGAUGAUCUGAGGAUUUUAAGUUUCCUCCAAAGAGUAAACAUUUCCAUUGAUGUUGCCUCCGCUCCAGAGUAUCUCCACCACCAUUGCCAAACCCCAAUUGUUCAGCAUGAUUUAAAGCCUAAUAACGUCCUACUUGACAACGACAUGACUGCUCAUGUCAGUGAUUUCGGGGCUACCAUAUAUUUGAGUUUUGUAGAGUACGCCAUGAGAGAUAAGGUUUCAACAUACGGUGACAUAUACAGCUAUGGGAUACUCCUGUUAGAGAUGUUUACUGGGAAGCGGCCUACUGCUGAAAUGUUUAAUGAUGGACUGGGUCUCCAUAAUUUCGUUUUUACAGCAUUGCCUGAACGAAUAUCGGAAGUUGUAGAUCCAUUAUUUGUAGCGGGAGGGGGAGGGGAAGAAGAAGAGGAAAUAACAAAUGAAGACAUUUAUAUCCUAGCAGACAUCAAAAAGGACCAACUGCAAGAUAGCUUGACAGAAAUGCUCAGAAUAGGAGUUGCUUCUUCAGUGGAAUCACAUAGAGAGCGAAGGAAACUUUGUGAUGUUCUCAAAGAAUUGCAGCUAGUCAGAGGUCUUCUUCUUGUAUCUGCGAUUAAAUAA